CACCACCGCUCACGCACCACCACCAGCCCCCUCCUUUCUCUUCACCUCCUAGAAUCACCGCGAGCGACUCGGUCGGAGUUAAUCCAUCGCACUUUGCGCCGCUCUCGGAGAUCCGCGCACCACGCGUUGCGGCGCUGUUAAAGGUCAAGGGCAGUGUGGGCUGGCCGACCGACCCGGUCGCCCGCGAGAGCUGUCGAGCGCCUCUCUCUCUCCGAUAGUUCCUCUUCCUCUCCCCUUCCUCUCCUCUUCCUCCCGUCUCUCUCUUCUUCGUGUUCCGCGCGGAGGUUUUUGUUGUUUCUCCCUCCGUUGGCGGGUCCAAGUUUGUUUCUUUUUCUGCCGUCGAAGACGCAGCCGCCGCGCAACGCAGGGCAGGGAACUUCGCGAGCAAAGGAGGCCUUGGCGAGCACUACCGGCGAGGUCCUUUCCCCGGCAUCGUCACUAAUUAACGAGCCAGCGAACCGAACCGCGACGUUGCAGCGAUGGCGUGCGCCGUGGCAGAGCCGGACCCAGCGUGGGGACUUCCCGGCAGUGGCUGGCGACGCGCGGCAUGAAGCCCACGUUCGCUGACGCCAUGGAGCGCGAGCUGGGCAUCAGCGACUACGAGGAGCUGCUGGCGUGCGCCGAGGACGCGCAGGUGACGGCCGAGCUGCUGGGCGCCGCCCGCGACCGCCUGCCCUUCGCCUUCUACGCCGUGCUGCGCCGCCUCGUGCGCGCGCUGACGCCGCGGCAGCGACAGCGGUGGUGGUGGCGCCAGCGCCGACGAAGCCGCAGCCGGGAGCCGCUGUCCGGCAACGGCCAAGACGACGGGAAGGAGGAGCGAGCCAGGGAUGAUGAAAGCGGCGGCGGCGUUGAGGAGGAUGAUGAGGAGCCGGGAGGGUGCGCCUCCCGUUGUGAAGGAGUCCUGGCGAGUCGCGCUGUCCUCGACGCCAUCGUGGCCACGCUGAGCUCCCUGAGCUGCGAGCUGCUGCAGUCGGCGCAGAGAUUCCGCUGCCUGGAGCCAGCGCUGCCGACUGAGGUGGUGACACAAACGCCACGGAUGUGUGCCAGCGAUGGGAGGACAGGCGGUUAUUGCAUCAGGCCUUCCCAAAGUACUCCCAUCUCAAGAGAAGCUGAGGUCUCCCAGGCUGUGGAGGAGGCGUCCCCUGGCUUCCGUGAAGAUUGCUUCGAUGUCACCCGCAUUAAAAAAGACCCAUAUGAAGAAGCGAAUCUCGUGCCAGACGCUGGCACCCUCGUGAGUGACUGUCUGGGCCAGCGGUUCACUGCGGUCCUGGCCGCCCCUCGGCUGAAGGAGGAGGUGGAGGAGGUGACGGCAUUUGAAGACUCUGAGUCUCCUCCGGAGGCCGGGGAGUGGGAAGACGACACGUGGCCGACACAACCGCAAGGCAAUGCCGAAUGGAGCCACAACCAAGAGGACACGGCACCCAUCCUUCCCCAGCCCCCCACCGACGCCUACAUCUACCCCGACUACGCCGCCAAACCCUCACCGCCGGGGCGCCGGUGCAUACCCACCGGCCGUCCGUACAACCAGCGACAGACGUUGCCAGCGCCAGCGCCGCCACCACCACCACCAGCAGCGGCCUCUCACAUCACCGCCGCAGCCACUGUCGGCCUCGGUGGCGGCCCCUUCACGUGCGCCACCUGUGGCCUCGGCUUUGGGACAAAACGCUGCGUGCAGGCACACGCGCGCACGCACACACACACGGGCGGGCGCGCGUUCAGCUGCGAGGUGUGUGGCAAGGCCUUCACGCUGCGCUGCAACCUGUACCGGCACAAGCAGAUGCACGCGGCCGACAAGCCGUUCGAGUGCAGCGCGUGUGGCCGGCGCUUCAGCAAGCGCAUGCACCUGCGCGUGCACUUCUCGGCAAUGCACAAAGUGGUGGUGGCGGCACCGGAACAGGGGGCUGUGGCGGCAGCGGCGGAAGGCUCCGGCGUCGGUGCAGCGCUGGGAGGACACGGAAGAAAUGGUCACCUGGUGGUGUCGGGUUAUGGGCACAGGGCGCUGUAAUACAACGAAGUCACCGAUCAGCCCAUACAGGUAGUCCUCUAGUUACGACGACCCCAUCGUAAGUCAACAAUAUCGUAAGUCGAAGAUGGCCUAGCCUACCCAGGAGUCUUAAAGAAUGGUGAUAAUUUAGCAAAACAGCAAUUUACAGUACCGUACUGUAUAAACUAUAUUUAUUAAUUACAAUACUGCAUUGCACAGUAAAAUGUAAAGUAAAAAAACAAGGUAAAUUCUUAGCCUACCUAUAUGAACUGAAAUUUAAUAGAAAGGCGGGAGAUGCGGACAUCCCGGCAGCGUCCCAACGUACAGUAUCGUACCUCGUACGCUGCUGCGUUUACCUGCCGCGCGAAAUUAAAAAUAUUUGACAAUUUUGUCGUAUCGCCAUCGUAAGAUCGAAAUAUCUUAAGUCGGACCAUCGUAACUCGGAGACUAUCCGUAUAUGGUUGUGAAACCUUAAUAGAGAUAUAUUGUAUCGAUGCUCAUCGUCGAUCCGAGAGCCAAGUUAGAGUAUCGAGUUAUUGAGGGUUAAUCACCGAGUUGAUUCAUUGGCAAGUGAUCCAUGGAUCGAGUAAUCCCAUCGGUGAGGAUAGCGUCAUGUGAAAUGCCCUUUUUUUGAUUAGCUAAUAUUCGGCGGCAUCGAAUGACAAGCACGAUGCUUUUGUUGUUUCAAGACCGACAUGUUUAAAUACAAGUCAAUCAUGAAUACAUUUGUGUUCCUGCCAUUCUCAUAGCACAAAGGCUAUCUCAAAGGAGCAAUGCAUCUACGUACAUACUGCUGUCACACCGUACAAAGCCAACAGUGCUAAUCGGAGGUGCGGGGUGAAGGAGGUUACAUGGGAGUAGUCUGCACUUUAAGGGACAGCAGGACACCUCUGCAUGGGAGGUGCUGUGUAAUGAUUAAGUGACGACAACGUUGCUGUGCGAGAUUUAAGUAAUUUGCAGGUAACUUGAAAAAUGUGGGCCUUGGUCAACUCUUUCGAUUGUUGCAGGAAAUUUUAACGGCCACUGAAGCCGAGGGUGGGUCAUUUUGGUUAACGCACAACUGCGUUCUUAACCAUGGCAACUGCUAGACUCUUGACCACAAACCUUUGAAACUAGCAAUAAAUGUGCCACCAAUCUGUAACAUUAAAUAAUGUAACAUGCCCUGCCAAGUGUGUGCAUGUAUUUAAUAAGGCCCUGUUGACA